AUCGAAAAGUCUUGGCGCGGUUAUAUCUACCUAAGCGGCCCUUCUUGUCCACUGCAACGACAUUCACUCACAACAGAUACCCACUCACAUUUGCCUCUGAUGUCGGAAUCUCUGGAAGAGCAGCAGUACGAAGCUGCUAGCGAUGCGUUUGAUGAGGAGGAUAUGGAGGAGUGUAUCCGCUUGGCCAAACAAAAUUUGACUGAACCUGAUAUUACCUCAUACUACUUUAUGCAAAACUGCAUACUCCUUGCAAUCGCUCUUGAGGAUUGGAAUGAGGGAGAGGAAUGGCAUCGAACUGCGGAGCAGAAAUACUGGACAUGCUACGCCAAAUCCCGGAGCCGAAACGAUGCAGCAACACUAGAGGACCUCAAGGGCCUCAAGGGCCUCAAGCAACUACGCGAAGACCUAGACGGAUUGAAGGAAUACCUGGAACAUAUGAAAUUGACCAAUUCUAUAUAUCGGGAGGAUGCAGAGGCUGUAGCCGAGACCGAGAAUGAGGUUGAGGAGGCCGCCGACCGGAUGGUCGAUCUCGCCCUCGCACCUGCGAAACAGGCACCAUAG